UUGAAUGAGGGAAACAUAUUAAUCCAGCAAUUUUUUAGAGUGAAAAUAAUCUUCUGUGAUUCGUUAGUUAUCAAUGUUUUCUGGUUAUUUGUUUCAGUAUUUGUCUAGUUUGUUAUUGAUGUGAAAAGAUGGAUUCUGGUCAAUUUAUUUCAUUAAUUCAAUCAUCUUUAGAUUCACCAACACUGGAUGCAGAUUAUGCUUCACAAUGUGACACUUUAGCCGUUCAACCAUUUCCUCAAUCUCCAUGUUCAAACCAAAGCCUAGCUCUUCUGAAGGCCUUUUGCUCCGAUGAAGAUACUGUUAAAAGUUACUUGCUACAAGAUGGAGAAGAAUUGGAUAAUCAAAACAAUGAAGGACAACAAUUUUUCGAUUUAUCAGCAGGAUCUAUCAAUUCUUUCACAGAAAAUUGGUUCAGCUUUAAUGGUCAGAACAAAUCAUCCAAUAGAACUAUUGAAAACCCAUCUACCAAUUCAUUGUCAAUUGAGUCUCAAUGGCAAUCUACGAUUCGGGACACAUACGAUGCUCUAAAGACAAAUUUCAUUAGUCUCGUUGAAAGUGGAUACAAAAUGAGCCUGUCACUAAAUACGGACAAUAGUGAAGUUGAAGAGCCUUGGAAUCCUGAUGUCAGUCAAAAAAUUCUGUCCGUUUCUUUUUCUUCGUUGAGUUUGAGGAGUGAAUAUUUAUCUGAUGAUGCUGUACUAAAUGGAUUUGAAUCACUGUUAAUGGAUGAAGCAUGUGCCGCUUUUGAGGGUCAGAAACACUUGAAUUUAUUUGCAAAUUUAAAUGACACGAGACGAGCAAUAGCAAGUCCAGAUUGUCUCAUUUCCAUAUGUAGUAAAAUCAAAGGAUUCAGGAGAAUCGAAACCAACGAUAAAAUAACUCUUUUAUCCAGUAAUUAUAUUCAUCUUAAUGUGAUGGAAGGAAUUUUUCACUACGAUGCUGCAAUUGAUGGCUGGGAUUUUCCAGAAUUCAAAUAUGAUCGAAGAGACACAUUCAUCUUCAAUCAAUGCUUACACGAUGGAGUUGUGCAUGUAAUCGAAACCUUUCCCGAUCGACUUAGAAACGAUAUGAAUGCUGUUAUUCUCAUGUAUCUCAUCAUAAUUUUUAAUCCUGACUCGUCCGAAUUGAAAUAUCCCGAGUCAAUAAGACAUGAACAAUUCUCAUACAUUCAUUUACUUCGACGUUAUUUGCGGACAAUUUGUGAAUCUGAUUGUGAAGCUUCAGACAAUCAUUAUAGAUUGAUGGUUGAAAUUGAUCGGAUUAAAUUUUUAAGCGAACAGUGCAAGAAGGAAUUCGCUCUUCUAGUGAAUGAGCCUUUGAAGGAAACCAUAACAAGAGCAGUUGCGGGUCGAUGUCGCUUUUAACAUUUGUAUAAUUGUUAAUUAUUUAUUUCUUGUUGACUGGCACAAUGUCCACUAUGUAAAUACCAAGAAUCUUCAUAACAUGUAAUGUAAAAUGAGCAGUCUUAAAGACUAUGUUAAACCCUACUCUAUGAUGUAGGGUGUAGAGUAGUGAAAAAUAUUUGAAGUUCAUCACAAUUAGAGUUAAAUAUCGAAAUUUGUCAAUGAAUUCCAUCGGCAUCAAUUUACAAUUUAUCAAGUCAUGUGUUAAAUUCUGCGUUUUUACGCCAACGUCUUAGUUUUUUGUUUAAUUAAAUCGAACCGGUGUUUUUUCAAAUGAGAAUGUGCAUAACUUUUGAAUAUAAAAAUAUGAAAUAAGAUUAAAAUAAAAUUGAUUUUGAAAUAAAA